AUGGCUAAUAAAUUAAACGUGGAAGAGCAUCUAAACAUAAAUCUGAUCUGGUUCUGCGUAAUCUUCCAUUUAAUCGUAUAUUCGGCAUUGUUGGUGAUAUUCUACGUAUUCCCAACGGAAUUAACUUCACUAAAUGUGGGCGAAGUUCUAGGUACUAAUUUCCAUUCGAAUUCGGGUAGCGGCAGCAAUGUGGCCGACAGUGUCACUGUUGGUGUCGGCGUUGGUGGACUUGGCCUUGGCAGUAGUCAUUUAGCCGGUGGCAGUGAUGUCAGCAACGAAAAUGGUCGAAGUGCCAAUAGUGAUGGUAAAAAUAAUCGGUAUGAACCGAUGCAGCAACAAUACUACUAUCACCAUCGGUCCAGUGAUAUAAUAACAAGUGGAACGCAUUUGUUACGGGGUCCUCUGCCACAACAGCAGCAGCGAGAGAUGGGCCCAGCUGAGGCAUUUUAUCAUUAUGCCUAUCAUAUAAAUCGCAGCAAUAAUCAAAUGAGUGGCAAAUACAAAUAUAAUCGUAAUGAUAACGGUUCCAAUAGUUUUACCAAUUAUUACUACGCGGAGGACAUCAAAGGCUAUGCGAAUAGAAGUAAGGCGCAGCUCGGUGACCUCGCCGGUGGUAAAAUGUUGGCGGACAAAAUGAAAAGCAACUGCAAAGAUGCCAUUAACCAUGCUCCUCAUAGCGGUCAUUUGUUAGAAGCCAUCAGCCCCGAAGCGGUGAUGAGCAAUAGUAGCAAUAACAAUUAUCUAGUGGCCUAUAAUGGCAAAAAGAGUAAAACAACGGCCAGUGUCAAUGCCGGUAAUGGCGUUGGCGUCGUCACCAGUGAUAUGGAGACCAAUUUGCAGCUAGUGCCACAGUUUCCCCUGGAAGCCAAACAAGUCCUGGUUCAUGAUAGCGGGAGACAUGCGGGCAACGCACAGUCGAAGAAUUAUAAUCAUGCCAGUGGCAAUGAUGGAAACAACAACAGUAACAGUAGUAGCAGCCACAGCAGCAGCGGCCCUUUUUUCGAGCAAAAUAAACAAAAACUACACAGGGGCAGCAGCGUUGGUCUCAGAAGCUUGCACACAACUAAAUUGGUUGAUAUUCUGGAUACGUUGCACGACAGCGUCGAGCUCGAACACGUUGACGACGUAGACGACGACGACGACGAAGCAUUGUAUAUAGUCGAGGCUGAUACCCAGGACAAAGCGUUUGGGAAACUACAGCACACCAAAGCUGCCGACGCGGCGGACUUGCACGCAAAUGUAGCUUUGACACAGAAAGUCAAAGGCCAGCCCUAUGCCUACGGCAUCUUCGUGAAUCUGUAUGAGCACAGAUAUGAGCACAUAGCAAGUAAAAUUGUGCAAGAAUCGGGGGUCACAACCAAUGCCAAAUUAAACGAUAAUAAUGGCGGCACAAUUUCUCCGACGAAAACUGCUGAUCGCCGACAAACGUCGUCGCAACGACAACCACAUUCAUUAGUUGAACUGCCAGUUAUGAAUUUGCACAAACAAUUUACAAAAGCAACACCAGCUAACACGAACGAUGUGUAUACAGCGCACAACGCGCGCAACUCACUUAGCGAUGCCAGGAUUUCGCUUGCCGAAUUGGUAACAUCUCCCAGAAGAAUCCAUAAAACAAAAACAAAUUUAGUUAGCACGGCGCUAGGAAGAGUAGCUGUGACGCCUCAAAAACAAAUAGCAACAACAGCAGCAGCAACAAAACACCAAUAACACCAACCAUACAGCAAUGUUCGCCAAACUUGAACAGGUGGAGGAAGAGGAGAAGGGAAUGGGGAAACAUAAAAUAAUUACUUAGAAGUAAUUAACAAAAAACAAUAGUAAUUUAAGUAGUAAAAGUGAAAAAAAGGACUUGUAUAAACAUUUUGAAAACUUUCAUUUUAUGCACAUACAAAAAAUUGGAUAUAUAGGCAGAAGAGUGCAGAAUAUUUCAACCCUUUAUACAUACAUAAAUAUGCAGACACAGUCUGCAUAUGUACAUAAGUACAUACCUAUAUAGUAUAUUUGUUAAUACAUCAAUCAAUCCAAUAUACUUACAUAAAUAUGUAGUAUAGGUCAGUUCGGAAAUGCAAUCCGCAGUAUUACUGCAAAGAAUUAAACUCUUUUACUCUUAAACUGUAGAUCAUAGAAAUACCUUGUUUUCUCAACUUAGGACGAAUUCGGCACUUAACCGUGUUUACACAUGCUGCACAUUGCCAUAAAUUAUAAGUUUGAAAUAAAAGGGACUGUCUUUGCAGUAAUGCCGCAGUAUUGCAUUUAAGAACUGACCCUAUGUACAUAUACAUAUGUAUGUACAUAAGUGCAUGCAUGUAUGUAUGCAUAUUAGACCUGCAGUCGGACUCCAACAUUCGCUAUCGUUAAUUUUGAUCUCCAAAAAAAAGAAAGAAAAUGCGUGCCUGUAUGUGUAUAUUUUUAGGCCCCACUGCUUGUUAUUUAGAGAAUUUUGGUGACAAAAAUUUAACUAAAUUGAAAAGCAAUGGGGCUUAAAAGCAAAAAACAUGAAAAAGUAACAGAUGCUAUGAGUGAUCAUUCAUAUCCUGCAGUAUUUGUAAUAUGUUGCUAGGAGUGCCUGCCACUUUCAGAGAUUUUUGGUGAUCAAAAUUAGCGAUAGCGCUUUUUAGGCCCAAUUCAUUUUCAGAUCACAUACGUUAACUGUACUUAAAUUUUCAAUGUUUGCUACGAAAAUAUGAGAUAAGCAACCCUGUGUUUAUAUCAAACAACAAUCAGCUGUUCAGAACAAAAUAUAAACAAACUAACAAAUGCAACAACAAUUUCUAGGAACAAGCAACAAUGGUGCCACUUGUUUGGCAUAUUUAAAUAAAGGUGAUCUGAAAACCAGCAAAAGCUAAAUGAGAUUUAAAUAACAAUCCAAAAAUU